GACGGAUGGUGCACUUUAUUAAGCAAACUACACAUACUACCGUUCUAUAGGAAUAUGAGCUAAACUAUACCUAGGCUAUUUGCUUCAUCAAGCACUACCUAGAGACUACACGAUUGACAAGUACAGUAACAAAACAAAUAUUCUCCAUGACAAGCCAAGUAGCUGACUUGUGCCUAAAAAUUCCCUUUACCUUAGCAACAGGCUAAACACUACUCUUUGUUCCUUCCGCAUGUCGAACAAAUAGAGUUUGCUCCAAUCCCCAACGGCUCCGUCACUGUUUCUGUUUAAAAAAAAUAUCAAUAUGUCUUCUACACUAUCCUAUAAACCGGCCACGCUGGCCCAUCUCGACGUUAUUGCCGACCUCGAAGCGAAAUCCUACCAUCCCGAUGAAGCAGCAUCGCGCGAACAAUUGGCGAAUCGCAUCAAAUACGCGACCGAAUCUGACCCGAACUUAUUUCUUGUCGCAUGGCAAGGUGAAACGAUUGCCGGGUUUGUGUGCACGACACUAGGUGCUGCGCCAUUAGUGACUGACGAAUCCAUGAAGGCGCAUGACCCAAACGGCAAGACAGUCUGUCUCCACAGCGUUUGUGUCAACCCUCAGGUGCGACGUCAAAAGGUGGCAACGCGACUUAUGGCGCAUUGGAUCCAGGUGCUUAAGGAUUCCUCCAAGUACAAUCGCAUUGCCUUACUUAGCCGUCCCAACUUGAUCGGCUUGUACGAGUCGGUCGGUUUCAAAAACAGUGGUAAAAGUCAAGUCGUACACGGACCCGAUCCAUGGUAUGACUGUAUUCUAGAGCUUCAGUAGAAUAUGUAAUAAAAGUAUGUUGUAGCGUAUUGCGUUAUCAGGUGUUCUUGACAGCAGUUAUCUUCAUGUCUUUUCGUUUUCCUUUCGUUAUGUAUCUUAACGAAUUUUAGAUAAAUAGAAGGAAUGAACACUUUUUUUUAAUUAGGAAAAGAAUGGUCUAUGUAUG